UUUCCUCCCUCUGAUUCCCGGCUGUCAUGGCGACCCCCAACAACCUGACCCCCACCAACUGCAGCUGGUGGCCCAUCUCGGCGCUGGAGAGCGAUGCGGCCAAGCCUGCGGAGGCCCCCGAUGCGCCGGAGGCGGCCAGCCCCGCCCAUUGGCCCAAGGAGAGCCUGGUUCUGUACCACUGGACCCAAUCCUUCAGCUCGCAGAAGGUGCGGCUGGUGAUCGCAGAGAAGGGCCUGGCGUGUGAGGAGCGGGACGUGAGCCUGCCGCAGAGCGAGCACAAGGAGCCCUGGUUCAUGCGGCUCAACCUGGGGGAGGAGGUGCCUGUCAUCAUCCAUCGUGACAACAUCAUCAGCGACUACGACCAGAUCAUCGACUACGUGGAGCGCACCUUCACAGGAGGACAUUUAGCCAACGCCACCACGGACCUCAUGAAACUGGACCACGAAGAGGAACCCCAGCUCUCUGAACCCUAUCUUUCUAAACAGAAGAAGCUCAUGGCCAAGAUCCUGGAGCAUGAUGAUGUGAGCUACCUGAAGAAGAUCCUUGGGGAGCUGGCCAUGGUGCUGGACCAAAUCGAGGCUGAGCUGGAGAAGAGGAAACUUGAGAACGAGGGGCAGAAGUGUGAGCUGUGGCUCUGUGGCUGUGCCUUCACCCUCGCCGACGUCCUUCUGGGAGCCACCCUGCACCGCCUCAAGUUCCUGGGACUGUCCAAGAAAUACUGGGAAGACGGCAGCCGGCCCAACCUGCAGUCCUUCUUCGAGAGAGUCCAGAAGCGCUUUGCCUUCCGGAAAGUCCUGGGCGACAUUCACACCACCCUGCUGUCGGCCGUCAUCCCCAACGCGUUCCGGCUGGUCAAGCGGAAACCGCCAUCGUUCUUUGGGGCCUCCUUCCUCAUGGGCUCCCUGGGCGGGAUGGGCUAUUUUGCCUACUGGUACCUCAAGAAAAAAUACAUCUAGAGCCGAGCCCGGCCUGGGCUUGGCGUCUGACUGUUGGUGUCUCUGUGCCGUGUGAUCCCUAAUGAGCUCUCAGUGACGCACUGUCUCAUGAACACUUGGCAGCCCCUCCCCACCCCUUGUUCGGAGUAACUCUGUUGUCAGUGUGCAAACAUUCCAUAGUUUAGAAGUAGACGUUGCCAAGGCCGUGGUUGAAGCCGCGGCUCUACUAAAGGAGAGAAUGAGUGACAGAGAAGGGAAACGAAACACGAAUGCCUUUUCUUUUGAUUCAAGGUCUCGAGAUGGAACUGUGGGGACUGGUUAGGAUCUGAGGUGAGUCCCAGGUCACUUCACCCACCAGGGCCCAGAUUCUGGGAGGUGCUGGGGGCUCAGAGGGCCUGACCCCUCGCCUCCCUUCCCUCUCGCCCAGGGAACUCUUCCACAGGACAAAGCCAACACCACGACUCAGCUCUUCUAAGUGGUACCUCUGGGUGGGGCUAAAGACCCGGAGACUCCAUGGGAGGCCCCUGAAGAUCAGAAAUGACUUCAUCCUUCUCCUGGAUAUGGACUGAGAGCAUGGCUCAUGCCGAGGCAGUGGUACCCACCCACCAAGCCAUGACUGAGACCGAUACCAUGAGCACACCCUCAUUCCCCCCUGAUGUGGCCAGUGAGUUUGGUUUGGCACCUCACCAGUAAUCCCUGAGGGCAGCACCCGUCAUCCUGUUCCCACCUGGAGUUGAUUUUUCCCACCAUGUGAGGUGGAUUUUCAGCAAAAGCCAUGUUCUCCAUCUUAGAAGGUUAG